AAACAUAAUCAAAACAAAGAAAUCCCGUUCUUCGGACGACCAAAACAAAACGCCCUUUAGUAGAUCUCGUGCGUAGUAUUAUUGCGUGGGUUACAUUAGUGUUCUCGGUAUUGCGAAUCACCGGAAUAAAAUAUAAUUUCACAGUGAAAUAGUGUUGUAAUAAGGAACCUCUCGCCGAGAAUACGAACAAAUUGCCUCCUGAACCGGCUGACCUCGCCGAACCAAAGUGAUGAAAGCCCUCGAUCGGAUUAACCCUUUCAGCCCUCGUCGCAUCGAAUAAAAUCUAGCUUGGGAAGAAUUGAACGGUGAAACGGUGAAAAGGCUAACAUAUGCGUAGAUAUUCGCAAAAUCAUCGUGUGUUUCUUCAUUCACGGGGCGCUGCCGCCGGGCCGAACUAAUCAACGAGUUAAAUGGACUGAACGCACAGCAAUUAAUUUAAUUGAACGUCACUAAGAUUCGCGAACCCGCGUCGUCGUUGGCAUCGUGGCAGUUUUGGGAGGGAACGAAGAUACAUUGCGGCGGUACAUCUUCGCAUGCAUGCCGGCCGGUCGGUCCGUUCGUGCCGCUUAUAUCUUCUGAUGCAAUAGUGCUUUGAAAUUUGUGCAGAAAGAAGAUAAGAGCAGGAAGAAUUUUCACUGUGAAUGAAGUGAAGACCGGACAGAGAACAUGUCUGGAAUAGGGGUUUAGGAGCAUCAACUGUUGGACAAUUGGGGAAAUUGUGUGGUACGCGGUGGUAUUUAUUCAAUAAUGAUGCUUGGCGCCGUCAUUAGUUCCACUGUUUUCGAUUGAGCGGAUAGAGCAUUGGCAGAUUGUGUGGACCAUUCAAUGAAGCGUGCAAAUCAGUCACUCCCGGCACACUCUAGUAUUUAUUAGUCUACCCUCGACGACACAGCGUUCAAAAGCCACUUCCCCGAAGUGGCGCGACAACGGCGGUCAAUCACAUUCAACAUGGGAAAAUCGUUAGCGGUUGUUCUCAUCGGCACAAUAUUGCUGCUGGCAGCAUCCCCGGCACGGAGUCAAACGACAAUCGGGGCCACCGUUGUGCUCGACCCUCAAGAUAUAUCCAUACUGGUGCGGGAAACCAAAGAAAUUUUGGUUCGCUUCCGCGGAUCGCUCACGCAAAAUGUGCAGUUCAACUUCUCCAACGAACACUCGGAAUUCGUCGUGGUGAAACCGUCACAGAUCUCAGUUGAUGCUCCGGCGAACGGGUUCAUCGAUAAAGCCUAUCCGGUUGAUCUGGAAGCUCUUUCGCCCGGACAGUUCGAUCUGGUAGGAAAAAUCAUCCCGACAGGCCUUCUCGAUGACGCGCAAGCCUUCAUCCGAGUUACGAUCGCCAACAAUACCGCCAUCAUUUACGUGUCGAUUGUGAUCGGCUGGAUCUACUUUGUGGCAUGGACGAUAUCGUUCUGGCCACAGAUGAUCAUCAACUUCAGGCGGAAGAGUGUCGUCGGUUUGUCGUUCGACUUUUUGGCGCUGAACCUGCUGGGACACACGCUGUAUGCAAUCUUCAAUUGUUCACUGUUUUGGAACGAUCAUAUCGAGCAGGAGUAUUUCAACCGGAACCCCCGCGGAUUGAAUCCGGUCAUUGCAAACGACGUGGCAUUCUCGCUGCAUGCUUCUCUGGCAACAUUACUGACGGUGGUGCAAUGCUUUAUCUAUGAGAGAGGGGAACAAAGAGUGUCGUACACGGCCCAGGGUAUCCUUGGAAUUUUCGCGACGAUUAUCGUGGUCUCGGGAGUUUUGGUCGGUACCGAGACGUGGCACUGGCUGGACUUCUUGUAUGCACUCAGCUAUAUUAAGCUAGCUAUUACCUUGAUCAAAUACGUACCGCAAGCGGUACUGAAUUUCAGGAGAAAGAGCACGGUGGGAUGGAGUAUCGAGAAUAUUCUGCUCGACUUUACCGGCGGUAUGCUGAGCAUGCUGCAAAUGUUGCUCAAUGCGUAUAACUACGAUGAUUGGGCUUCGAUAUUUGGGGAUCCUACCAAGUUUGGAUUGGGACUGUUUUCCGUACUAUUCGACAUUGUCUUUAUUGUGCAACACUAUGUGUUGUAUAGAGACGCUGAGUACAUCGAGCUACCUGGGGAUAACCACGCGGAUUACGAUCCGGGCACUAGUCAUUUACCAACAACUCCGGUUCCCGUUACGGCCGACCCAGAACCUAUAGAUGUCUAAUCUGAUAAGUAUAAGAAGCAAAAAAGUACCAUCCCAAAAGCUAGCACACUUAACUGUUAGAGAAUUAUAUUGAAUCAAGCAACUGUGAAUACACUCCACCAAUGGUACCGUAAACCGGAGAGAGAAUUGUAUUCGUUUAUUGGCUGCAGCCACAAAUACAAAUUCGGAAUUAACAAUAGUGUUGCAAUCAUUUUCAUAGGUACUUAUUUUGAACCAAAUUUUCACCGGUUUACGGAACUUGGUAUUACAUAAUUAAGGCUGAUACACGUGUAGUAAAAUUGCGACCAUAACUAACUGCAUUUCUAUAGUUAUACCUAUGUCUGAAUGCUUUACUUUGAAAUCUAUUGUCAUUCAAGAAGAAAGUAUUUUCCAGACUAGAAUUAUAAUACGUAUUCGAUGCAAGCGGGUGUAAAUGGCAUUUGUCUGUUAUUUUUCUUGUGAAGAAAUAUAAAGCAAUUUAGAAUGUGAUCCUUAACAUUUCUGAUUUACUACUAGAAUUAAAUCAACAAUUACUUAGGUAGAAUCAAUACAAGGAACUGCAGUCUAGAAGAUUAAUUAGGUACUUUGUUUUAAUUGUAGGUGCACAUUAGGUAUACCCCCGUUUACUAUUCGCAUCUGGAAAGCUGUACAGUAUUUGUCAAGUAAAUUGCCUAAGAUGCAUUUGUUCCCAGGUCGGAAAACUUGUGUCUAUAAAACUCACUACCCUUUUCAGGACUUGGAGUCCGUACAUGGUUUGACCACAACUGACCUUACAGUGUCAUCUAUAUGGCUUCAGUGUCUCGCACUUGUCUUGACUAGUACGAGACACUGAAUACUGUUAACACUGGCACUCGAAUAUUUGUUCAACAUUCUAGUGAAAUAUAAAAGAAAUACAAUUACACCCCUUUGCAUCUGCACUUUGAA